CAUAGGAAAACGGAAGAUAAACAUAAACGCAAAUAACCGCACUAAGCCAUGGUUCUGCCAGGAGGUGAAACAACUCGCAGACAUCAAAAGAAGCAACUAUCUGAAGUACAAGAACCUACAGACAAUAGAACAACAAGCCGAAUAUAUACAGACUAGAAACAGAGUAAACUCAAAAAUAAAAGAAAUCAAACGAGAAUAUUGGAUUAAGUUUACUGCCGACAUGGAAUACGAUAUGUAUGGCGCACAGAGAAAUGUAUGGAAAUUGCUCAAAAACAGAAAAAAACCAGUGAAUGAGUAUGCACAAACCGAAGGAGUGUCUAUGGAAACUUCAGACAGCUUUACAAAUUUGAAGAAACAGUAAAUUUGGAAGAACACGAAACUGUAUCUAACGCUACGAUCGACGAAUUGGAAAUAGAACUUAUAUUGAAGAAACUGAAAAACAAGAAAGCUGCGGGACCCGACAAUACACCUAACGAGCGUCUUAAAUAUGGCGGACAAGAACUUACGAGGCAACUAUGCCUACUGUUUAACAAUAUUCUGCGCACUGCACAAAUACCACAGGAUUGGCUUCAAAGCAUCACGAUUCCUAUCUUUAAGAAGGGACAGAAGACAUGCGUAGACAAUUACAGAGGAAUCACAUUACUAUGUACUACAAUGAAAAUGUUUACAGGAAUAUUGAAGAACAAGCUAGAAUAACACAUAGAAAACCGCGAAGAACAACAAGGGUUUAGAAGGAACAGAUCAACAACAGACGCUAUAUUCAUUGUCAAACAAAUAAAGGAAAAGUGCUUCAUAGAUCUGGCCAAGGCAUUUGAUAGGAUGCGUCUAGCCGACAUCAUCAAGAGCUUAACCGAAAGGAAUACACCAGCAAACAUUAUAAAAGUAAUUCACAAUCUAAACAGUCACAACACAACAAAAGUAAAACCACAAAAGCAAAUAUCAAAUAGCAUUCCAAUACUAGGAGGAAUCAGACAGGGGGAUAGUCUCAGCCCGUCUCUGUUCAAUAUCCUCAUGGAUACAAUUAUGGAAGUAGUGACAUCCCUGAACCUAGGGUACAAAAUUAACAACAAGAGAAUCAGCAUGAUAUGUUAUGCCGACGACGCCGCAAUUAUCGCGGAGAACGAAGACGACCCCCAGAGGCAGCUUUCCAGAUUUCACCAAAUCAGCCAACAGGUCAACAUGACAAUCUCUAUAAACAAAACAAAAAAAAAAACGCAAAGUAAAAAUAUACGAAACAUGCGUGAGACCCAUUAUGACAUACGGGAUAGAUAUACGAGAGGAAACAAACAAAACAAAGUGAAUGCUGCGAGUAGCAGAGAUGAAGAUUAUAAGCACGAUCGUGGGAAAAACC